UCAUCAAAGAAGCAAACCCCCAACUCCUUUAUUUCUCUGCCUGUUUACAGUAUAUGGAAAGAUGUGUUUAAGUUUCCUGUAGGUCUAACACUGGAUAAUGAUGCUUCCAGAGAGAAAGCUGUAGGUUCCAGAUGCAGCCAGUUUCUUUUGGAAUUCACUCAUUGGGAGCCUGGCACUAUCCCCUAAAUGGUACUUCUGUUGUCUUUUUGUUCAAGACAGCAAGUUUCUUCCAGGAAGAAACUGCCUGCUGACAUCCCUUGAUAAACAAUACACCAGCCUCUUGGUAGAUGAAAUGUUUAAUAAUUAGCCUAACUCAUUGUUUAUCUAAAGAGCAAUUAUCACUACAAUGAAAUAAUAUUUUAAGAGCAUUAGGGACAGAUCCUAAGGAGCAGCUACAGGCAGGGCAUGGCUGGCAGAGCUUCCUGUACUCAGAGGAGAAGACCACUCCAUCCUGGCUGUCAGAUCUCUAAGUCUGAGAUGCCGCCAUUAGAUGCUGCUCCAAAGACCUAAAGGAAUGUGCCCAUGAGAAGUGUACAGUCCCUUUAACUGAGGCUCAAUGGCCCAGCAAAAUAUGAAAGUACGGCCUGUGCUUCUAAAGCGCAACAGCCUAGAGUCCGUAGAGUUUGUGAAACCACCGCACCACCGCAGGUGCAAGUCUCAGCAGGUGCGAUUCAAAGAAGAUGGGGCCAGUAAGACUCCUCCUGGCCUAGCUGAAGUUGACGUCCAAACAUCUGCCGACCCAACUGUGAUGGACAAGAAUCCAGCACCCAGGCACCAUCACCCUCCCACCUACUCGCUCUCCUUUCCCAGGUCCCAGAAGGCAGGGGGUUUUCGGAACAUUGCCAUCCAAACCUCCCCCAGUCUCAGGAAGCAUUUCCCAGUGUUCAAAAGGAAGAGACUAACAGCCAGCAAGUCGCUGGUAGAAAUGCCAACAGCAUCCCAAAGUGCCAUCCAGGUCAACGGCAACCUCUCCGAACAGGAUAUUGUGUCUUCUGACCUUGCUUACUUAAGGCUGGCUCAGCAUCUGGAGGAUGGGCCUCGAAGGGUCAAGGUGUCCCAUCCAUUUCUCCCUAAAAUGUCCAAGGUGCAAAGCAAUGGCCCAGUUAGCAUAUGCUUGGAAGCAGGGAUGUGGAGAGCCUCAGAAAAGGCAACAGCUGCCAUUCAGGUCCCAGAUGAUAUUUAUCACAGUCCUACCUGGGCAGCUGGAGAGUCCACUGCCAGCCCAGACAGGUGUGCUGAAAUAAGCAACUCCAUAUCCCCUUUGGUUGACAUGUGUCCAGAUGAUGGGAGAAGAGUGGUGUCAUCAGAUUCAGAAAGAUUGCCCUCCUGCUUAAAUGCCACCAGCGGUGCCGAUCACAUUCCAGGCACAGGGAAGCUUACACCUGAAUUGCUUUUGCCCAAAGGUGACUCUGAUGAUAAGGACCUUGGCUCAUUGUCAUCCCGGACAAAGGAAAUGUGUGUUGCUUCACCUCCACAGAUUCGCCGCUGCUCUUCACAGGAAUCCCACAGCCAGCUAGCCCACCAAGGCGGGGCUUCAGAAUGUCCAUCAAGUAGUGGUCACCAGGACCUAUCACCCAAACCUGACAGUGCAUCAAAAUUUGCCCCCUUGUGUCAGGAGCAGGUGGGGAAGAACCCCACACAGCCAGACACCUCAGAGAUUCGAAAUUGUCCAGGAAGCAAUCACCUUCCGUCCUUUCUUCCAAGGAUGGAGGCCAAACUUCAGGGCAACAGGGAGAUCGGGGGGAUUCACCAGAUUCACCUGGCACGGGGUGAACUCUGCGACCUCCAAGGCAGGCUACAAUCUGUGGAGGAAUCUUUACACUCCAACCAAGAGAAAAUUAAAGUCCUUUUGAAUGUAAUUCAAGACUUGGAGAAAGCUCGAGCUCUGACAGAAGGGCGCAACUUUUAUCGAACUGGCCAAGAUCUCAACAAUUGCAGCACCUGCCAGAACACGGCAUGCAUCAUAUACAGUGUAGAAUAUGAUUUUCGACAGCAAGAAGGCAGGUUCCAUGAAGUUUUACAGAGUCUGGAAGAAGUCGAACCAGUUGAGGAGGCAUCUCCUCCCCCAAAAUCCCUAGCAGAACCCCCAGUCCUGGAGAAACAGGAUUUGAGACGGAAAACCAAGAAGGUGAAGAAAAAAUGUUUUUGGUGGAUCUGACUUUGUUGGGACCAUUCAAUAACUGGCUACCUGAGGUGGGAAACCACUGGCUAUGGCCUUCCCUACUUCUUAGAGAAGAAGUCUCUAGACCUGCAAGACAGGAAAGACCCAGGCUGGUUUAGCUGCUGCUGGACCCCUGACCACCAGCCUCAUCCGUCUGAGUGCCACUGCUGGCUGAGGACUUCAUGGACCCCAGAGUGACCACUCGCUGUGUUCUCUGUUAUACACACCAGGCCACAUCCUAGUUUGCUGGCCUAUAUCCCUACCAUGAGCAGCCCCCUUGGCGCUUUCCAACUGCUCUGUGAUGCUAAGUCCUUUCUUCCCAUCCUGGGUUCACCAUCCCAAAGGAAGCAAAGAAAAAAAUGCUAUGCAGAUCUGGAAGAUAGAAGAGAGUAAUAAGCAAAUGCCCCCCCAAAUAAUUAAAGACAUAAAUUAGUGAUUUUUUUAAAUGGGGGGGGGGUAAGUAACACAAUGGAAGUGAGCAUGGUAUAAAAAUGCAAGAUUAUAUUUGUGAGUUGGGUCAUUUUUGGUUUUAAUCAGUUCUUGAUUGAGACCAAAUCAAGGAUUUGUCAUUUCAUACUAUGUGAGACGUACAGUCUGCACCAGAGUACAGUUAUUCCAGGAAUAAGGAAUUGUGACUAUCUGGUGUGUCUCAGACUGGCUUGCAAAUGGGUGGAGUCUGAUUUGGGUUUGAACUUUAAGACUCCAGUUAAUUCCCCUAAAGUAUUUUUCAUGAAAUCCCAUAGCCUGUCUGUCCUUGUCAUCUCACCAGCAACAUAAGCAAGAUUAAGAUAAGACACAACAUUGGUUCUCACCCAUUCAUCCCUGCAACAGCCUUGUAGAUAGGAUCAAAAGUAUAUUAAUCUAUACAUUCUCUUUCCCUGACCAGGCAAUGGUCACCUGAUUGAAGAAGCAGGACUGGAGAUAAGGAUUAUAU